GUGAACUAUUUCACUUCGUUCGUGGGACGCUUCGCGCCGUAUAAUUUAUUUUUUCCUAUUAUUUCUUUGUAUUUUCACUGAGGGACGAAGAUAUAUCGUGACUGUGUUAUAAGAAUUCAAGACUAUUACUUUCGCAUAUAUUUCGUGAUAUAAUUAUAAGCAAUGUCAGGAAUAGCGAGUGCACGUUUAGCUGAAGAAAGAAAAGCCUGGCGCAAGGACCAUCCCUUUGGUUUUGUGGCCAGACCUAUGAAAAAUCCUGAUGGAUCUUUAAAUCUAAUGACAUGGGAAUGUGCGAUCCCUGGUAAAAAGGGGACGCCAUGGGAAGGAGGUCUUUAUAAGCUUCGUAUGAUUUUCAAAGAUGACUACCCAUCAAGUCCUCCUAAAUGUAAAUUUGAACCUCCACUGUUCCAUCCCAAUGUUUACCCAUCAGGAACUGUUUGCCUGUCAUUACUAGAUGAAGAAAAAGAUUGGCGCCCUGCAAUCACAAUCAAACAAAUCCUCCUUGGUAUUCAAGAUCUACUUAAUGAGCCUAAUGUUAAAGACCCUGCACAGGCUGAAGCUUACACAAUUUACUGUCAAAAUCGAUUAGAAUAUGACAAAAGAGUUCGAGCUCAAGCACGCGCCAUGGCAGCAACUGAGUGAUGCGGAAUAAGAUCAAUACACUCAAGUGGACUACUUGCCAUUAAUUAGCCAGGUUGCAGAAAGCUAUUCAUUACAAAAAUGAGCAUUUUUUUACAUAAUAGUAGGUGGUGCAGGUGUGUAAUAAAAUAUAUCAGGUUGAUGGAUUGGAUUGAUCAGAUCAUCUUACUAUUAAGCAAUGUCAAUAAAUAGCUCUCUGAAACAAAGCUGUGCAAGAUAGUCCAUG